AACAUGAAUGAAAUAUGCCUUCUUAUUUGUCUUUACAUUACUUGCUAAAGAGUUGCCUCUUAGGCAGUGCUCACAGUUGUUUCACAUUUAUGAAGUAAAGAAUAUCAGAAUAAGAAAAGAGCCUCAAAUCAAAAUGGGCAUGGAAUAAAUUUGUGAUAUAAUCUACAGCACAACCACAACAUUGUGAAGUACUGCCAUGGUUAAGAUUUCCAUCAAUGUCUUCAGGGCUCAAAUGGCUGUGCUCUUCCAGCUCAACUCUCCCAUGAUAGGAGCGAUCCUAACACUAUAUUUAGCCUUGCCCUUGGGUCACUUUGUGGGUGUCUCAUUGGCUCCCUGCCCUGUCACUUCAAGUAACAAGCAAGUGCUGGGCCUGAUAGUUUACAUUAGAGCGUGUGCCCCAUGCCAAAUUUAACCCUGGGGAGACAGAGGAGAGGGCCAGCAGAAGCCCUCUUUGGCAGCAUUUUCAACAGGUCGGGAUCGCCGCAAGUGAACAGGCAACGCUCCCUCGCCAUGGACAGGAAAAAACGGAAUUGAUGUAUCACGAUUGGAUCCGUGGCCAUAGGCAGUCCGGAAUUUCAUUCCCAUUCAAGGAUAUUGCUCUGACAUGGGCCUGAGAGUGGGGCCUGUGUGGCUGACCCACAUGGAUCCAUGCAUAUGGCUCCUCUUCUACCACUGGAGAUGUGUUCAUUGACAAGAUAAUGUGCAGGACUGGGCCAAAGCACAAGCCACAAUGGGAGACUGGAGCCUGCUGGGGAAGCUGCUCGAGAGUGCCCAGGAACAUUCCACCGUGGUGGGUAAAGUGUGGCUGACUGUCCUCUUCAUCUUCCGCAUCCUGGUCCUGGGUACAGCUGCUGAGAAGGUCUGGGGUGAUGAACAGUCUGGCUUCACCUGUGACACCAAGCAGCCUGGCUGCCAGAAUGUCUGCUACGACAAGACAUUCCCCAUCUCGCAUAUCCGCUUCUGGGUGCUGCAAAUUAUUUUCGUGUCCACACCCACACUUGUUUACCUAGGCCACAUCUUGCUUCUGGUGCGCAUGGAGGAGAAACAGAAGCAGAAGGAGAAGGAGCUCUCCCAGCAGGGGGACAAGCAGCCUCUUAUUGUCAAUGGCAAGACCAAGAUGGCCCCACUACGUGACGAGCAAGGCCACAUCCGUCUCCAGGGUGACAUCCUACGGACCUACGUCUUCAACAUUAUUUUCAAGACCUUGUUUGAGGUUGGCUUCAUAGUCGCACAAUACUUCUUGUAUGGGUUUGACCUCAAACCUCUCUACACAUGCGACCGGCCCCCUUGCCCAAAUCCGGUGAACUGCUACAUCUCCAGGCCAACCGAGAAGACUAUUUUCAUCAUCUUUAUGCUGGCAGUGGCAUGCCUAUCACUUCUUCUUAAUCUGGUGGAAAUGUAUCACUUGGGCUUCACCAAAUGCCGCCAGGGCAUAUCUUACAGGAAGGCUGAGCUGCCACCUGAGCCAUCAUCUAAGGCGCCCAGUGAAGCAACUGAUCCAUUUGGGCCCAGUUAUAACUAUUUCCAUGGGCACCAGGCAUCAUAUCAGCCUGCCCCUGGAUACAAUGUUUCCCAAGCUGGUGAUCCAGACUCUUUUCUUCCAUACAACAGCAAAGCUGUCUAUAAGCAGAAUAAGGAAAACUCUGCAGUUGAGAGGAAUGGUAAACCAGAGGAAUGUAAUCUGAAAGCAAGCAAGGUUUUGGGUUUGUCACCUGGAUUGUCUGGUGAUCAACAGAGCAGGGUCAUCCGAACCGCCAAGCUGGCAAACAAAAUUAGAGUAGAUGAUCUGAGGAUCUGAUAGAUCUGAUUCUGCUCUUUAAGGCUCCUAAAUGUUAAAAUGAUUUUAUGACUAAAAGUCAAUUUUAGGAUUCCAUGAUGGGACAAUAUGAAGUCCUGCUUCAUUUGUUAAGUUUUAUUGUGUGAUUUCUUUCUCCAAAAGCCCUCAAAUAGUUUUACAACUUUUACAUAUGCUACAGUGAACUGCAAGAUGCUAUAAACUCUGCAGUUCUUCCAAGUCUAGUAGAGGCUUUGUGACAUUUUUUUAUUUAUACUAUUAUGUUGUUUACAUGCCUAUGGCAUUUUAAAAGGAUCUGAUUAACAAAAAUAUUGAAAGCCCACUUUCUCAGUUUCAUUACAAUAUAUAAGUUUUAAAGGGCCUUUUAAGAUCAUUACAAAUGCCUAAUUAAUAAUGCACUUAAGGAUCCAUCAUAGAACAAACAACUAGACCAUCAUUUUCAUUCUAUCUUUAAAGAGAUUCUUUCUAUACAGUCUGCAAAGUUCCUGGUUUAUAUAUGAAUUUAUAUAAACAUUUGCACUCCUGGUUUAUUUAUAGUUGGAAUGAAAAUCCCUGGUUGCACUUUGAGCUACAAUGCAGAUCAGAAGCUUUAUGGAAUUCUCCAACUUGGUUAAAGGAGCUAAAGCAAUUCAUAAACCAACUGGAAAAAAAAAAAAAUGAACAUGAAAUCCACUUCCUUUUUUAAAACUUUCCUACAAUUUCCUACAAUCAGGAAAACCGUUUUGUACCAUUUCACCAUUAACAGCUCUGAUUGUUGAAAGAUAUAUAAAGUUUAUUUGGAGAUUGGACAUGAAAGUUAAGUCUAAUUUGGGCAUAUACAAUUCAUAAUCUAAAACUAAGGCAUACGUAUGUUGCAUAACCCUUUUUAGACUUGGUAUCUCUUCUCUGCUCUGAGGAAAGGGCCAAUUGGUCUAAAGGGUUAAAAUUAGAAGUCUUCUCAACCAUUUCUAAGUCACAUACCAGCUUGUAACUCCUCUGCUGACUUUGUCUACUUCAAAGAUCCCCUAUCCAGAACUAUAAUUAGCUUCCAACUACUGCAAGGGAAACAAAAUGCUACACAUGACAUGCUCCCCAAAAUCAACAGUGUACAAAACACAGUAGAUUAUACAAAUCUGCUCACCUGGUGUGCACAGUAGCUGUUGUAUUUAAUAAAUCUAUAUUGUGCUCCAUUCACAUUACCCUUGUUUAGUACAGACCUGCUGGCAAGAGAAUAAAUGUGAGUAUGAAUGGCCUGUGGUCACAGGCUUGUCUGAAGAUAUUUUCAUUAAGAGGUCACCUGCUUUAAAUAAAUAUUUUGACAUAUCAAGAGAUUGGUCUUAGGUUUACAGCUGUGUUGCAAAGGGAGAAAUAAACAUUCAAUUUAUGCGAA